AUGGCUCCUACGCCUUGUGCUAAAUCAAACCAAGCUGGUUUGCUCACACCUUCCUCAAAAACCCAUAUGAAAACACCCCAAUCUAAACAUCGCCUCAAUUUCUCUAACUCCACAAAACCCUCUCCCAACCCUAAUUCUGCCGCCCUCCAUCAACCUGCUGAUCACCCUGUUGAAGUUAUUGGCCGGAUUCGCGACUACCCUGACCGUAAAGACAAACCUAUUUCGGUUCUGCAGGUUAACUCUGACGCACAUUCUGUUAGGCUGAGAACUGAAAUUGGAUAUCGAGAUUUCACCUUGGAUGGGAUUUCGUUAUCUGAAGAUGAAGAUCUUGACGGUUUCUAUAAGAAUUUCGUUCAAUCAAGAAUUAACGGUGUGAAAUUGGGGGAUAAAUGUACCAUAAUGAUGUAUGGGCCGACUGGUUCAGGAAAGAGUCAUACUAUGUUUGGGUGUGCUAAGCAGCAAGGGAUUGUGUACAAGUCUUUAAGGGAUAUUUUGGGAAAUGGAGAGGAUGAACAGAAGGUGGGAGUUGGUACAUUCGUCCAAGUCAGUGUUCUGGAGAUCUACAACGAGGAAAUUUAUGAUCUCUUAUCCACCAACACUAGUAAUGCUUCUGGAUUCAGCAUUGGCUGGUCCAGACCCAAUGCUUCCAAGGUGAAAUUAGAAGUUAUGGGGAAAAAGGCAAAGAAUGCCACUUUCAUCUCUGGAACUGAAGCAGGGAAGAUAUCAAAAGAGAUCCAAAAGGUUGAGAAGCGUAGAAUUGUUAAAAGCACAUUUUGCAAUGAAAGAAGCUCUAGGAGUCACUGCAUGAUAAUUCUUGAUGUCCCAACUGUGGGCGGACGGCUAAUGCUUGUCGACAUGGCUGGUUCUGAAAAUAUAGAACAAGCUGGUCAAAUUGGAUUGGAAGCCAAAAUGCAGACGGGAAAGAUUAAUCAGGGUAAUAUAGCAUUGAAGAGGGUCGUAGAAUCCAUCGCCAAUGGUGAUUCUCAUGUACCAUUCAGAGAUAGCAAGUUAACUAUGCUUUUGCAGGAUUCCUUCGAAGAUGACAAGUCCAAGAUUCUUAUGAUAUUAUGUGCGAGCCCAGAUCCCAAGGAAAUGCACAAGACCAUAUCAACUUUGGAAUAUGGUGCAAAAGCCAAAUGCAUUGUCCGUGGUCCUCAUACGCCAAUCAAGGACAAAGGUGCAGAAGAUUCUGCAUCAGAUGUCAUCUUAGGAUCACGGAUUGCAGCUAUGGAUCAGUUCAUUUACAAGCUACAAGUGGAGAAUAAGAUUAGAGAGAAGGAGAAGAUUGAAGCUCACAAACAGCUUAUGAAAAAAGAAGAAGAGAUUGCAGCUCUGAGGGCUAAACUUGAAGAGGCAGAAGAGAAGAAGGCUUUGGCAGGGACAAGCGAGGAAGAGAUUAACAUCAAGGUUAAUGAGCGAACAAACAUGUUGAGGAGCGAGUUGGAGAAGAAGAUAGAAGAGUGUCAGAAAAUGGCUGACCAGGUUGUUGAGAUGGAGAGGAGGAAGAUGGAAGAGAAGAUUUCCCAACAGCAGGAAGAACUAGAAAUGCUGAGGCGGCGCUUGGAGGAGAUUGAGUCUGAAUUGACUCGUUCCAGAUGCAUAAAAGACAAUGAAAAUGGAAAUAGAAAUGUUUCAUCGUCUAUGGAAGGAAGCAGUUUUGCCAAAAGGCUGAUGGGUAUAUAUGCUGAUGAGGAUCCAGGGAUGGAGAAGUCCAUGGAUUUGGAUAAAUCAUUGGAUAUGGACAUGGGUAAACGUGAUCACAAAACUAACAAGUCUAGUAUACAGGCCAUUCUGGGCUAUCCCUUUAUGGACAACUUGAAGAAUGAAGAAUAUGAUGAUGUUUUUGUCCCAAAUUCAACAAGUAAAGCAUUUUUGAGCACUGUCUUUGAAGAGGACGAAGAGGAGGAAGACAGAGACAAGGCAGUUGAUGACGAAGUGCAGAAAGAAGUAAUAGAGGAAAAGACGGUGUAUUCAGUCAAGAGUCCCAACAAUGACUUCAACUUUGAUAUUGAUUCUUUAACACCCUCUCUAGAUGCUGAGUGUGGCCAAGAUACAACCUCAUCUAGGCAUUUACGCAUCCAAAAUAUAUUUACUCUUUGUGGAAAUUACAGAGAGCUUUCUCAACACACGGCCACUCCAUUGACUACUGAAAGUCCAGCUGUAGAUAAGCCUGAAAACAAGCAGAUGGCCCAAGUUGUGUGUGAUUCUAAUUCAAAGGAGAACUGCAGCCCCUUGAGAAGUUCAAAUGAUAAGAGUGAAUUGGUGGAAGUGGUUGUGAAGUGGGAGGCUGCUUCAAUUGAAAAUGGUGGGAAAGUAAUUACAACUCUGAGGCUUGUAAAAGAUGCAACCCUUGCAGACCUGAGGAAGCUGAUUGAAAUCUAUCUUGCUGCUGAUAAUCAAGCUUUCACCUUUCUUGCACUUGGGGGGGAUCCAACAGGCACACCAGUGGCAAAAGAGGAGGAGGCAUGGGUGCUGGCAAGCAAACUUCCAACAUGCAGCAAUAAUGGCCAAAAGAGAAGUCAGCACCUAGCUUGCCUACGUUCAGCAAAGAAAGUUGACUUAAAUCAUAUCCCAUUCAGCUCUCUGGAAAACAAGCUCCCAUUCAGUUCCUUGGAAAACAAGAUCCCCUUGACUUUACUGGAAAACAAGUCUGCUGAAAGGCCCUCGUUCUUGAUUGUGUGAAAACUUUGUUGGUAGUAUUCUAUUCGAGUAUAUAAAUCCAUGUACUCUCUACUAAUGUUUUGGUGGUUUUUAGUUGCGAGAUAGAUCAUAGAUGCAUUGGAUAUGAUGAUGAUGAUGAUGAUGAUGAUGAUGAUGAAGUCAUCUUUCUUUUAAAUGAUUUCAACACUUAUAUAUUUGGUGCAUCCCAUCCAAGUCCAAUGUCAUUCUU